AUGCCUUGUUCACCCCAAAGUUCGUCAGCGUUGUUGCAACAACUGCGCCAAUAUUAUGACCACGAUGCUGCCCAUGGAGUUCUGACAAGCCUAGAGGAAGGUCUUGCACAUCUUUUACUGCGCUCAUCAGGUGUACGCAGAUGCCAGUGGGUCUAUACUUGCCGCUAG